GUGGACAAUGUUGGACAGAAUAUGCAGCGGACUGCCUAAAGUGCUGCGAUGCGAACACGGAUAGUAUCGCCAGACAAACCCCAAACUUUGCACACAAAAGACACCCACCACGCUGGAAACCUGUAAUCAAGGACUCACUAAGUUGGUUAAAAUAAUUAUCAUUGUUCUGCCACUCUAAUUAUCCAAUUUGUUCGGCCGCCACGCAAAACCACAAAAGGUGAUUACAAUGUCUGUUUCCAGCAUUCACCCGUACCCUUGUUCAGUGGACACUCAACGACUGCAAACAGAAUCGCAGAGUCGAACGCCACAAAAUCCUGUCGACUCGCUGUUGUGCAGCGAGUCUCCAACGGCCUCGUAUACGGAUUACACCAAUGAAGCUUACGAAUCAAACGCUGCCGUCGUGUUCGAUCUUCACGACCACACCGCAGUGCAGCCGCCUUUUAGUUGGCCCACGGUGGAAACGACGGGACCAAACCCACCCACUAAAGCGAACUCGAUCUACGCCGAGAAGGACUGUGCCAACUCUUGGUGGAAUUCUGUGUUGCAGAAUGCUGAUACUCAGUCCAGUCAUCCAGGAGAAGAGAAGCGCCGGUGUUUUGCAGCAUCUCCAAUGCAGGUGAACCCCACAAGGACCGGGCCUUGUGUGGACGAACAGUAUGUCAUGGACUCAAAAAUGGCAGUUCAACCAAAUUCAGGCAGUAUUUCGAACGCAGAACCAGUCUAUACAAAAUUCCAGUCGCCUCAGAUCCCAUAUACUUCGGCGACUAAUUACAUAUGCGACUUUCCACUUCGUCAGCAUACAGUAUCUUCAGGUUUACAUCCCCCAUCAUGGGCCAAUGCGUACAGCCAUUUAAGACCGAUGGAAGAUCACCCACGCCAAGUGGAUUCAAAGGAGGCACCAUGUUUCCCUGAGACGUUGUGGAACCGGAUCCAGUCCCCUCUCGGGAUGGCGCCUUGUGACAUGGGCUAUUCUUCACACAUCGCUAACUGGUGGACAGCUGCGGCCAUGGGAGGAUACCCGGAUAGUCCACUUAAAGAUAUGGCUGAUAAUUUGUUUGAAUUGCCAAGCACGAGAACUGACUCGAGCGAUAUAGUUUUUGCGCUGAAUGAUGCACAACGGCCCAGUUUACCAAGAAUCGACCCAUGGUCUACCGAAAGCACGGACGCAAAUUGUAAACAUUCACCUUACAUCACAAACGGGCCAGAAAUGCCCAAAGGCCCAUUGCUCGGUAGAAUCAAGACACUGGGGUCUGGAGGCGCACGCGGUACCAGCGCUUUGACUUCGUUGGCCAACUCCAAGGGAAACAAGAAGCUGCGUAAACCGCGAACUAUUUAUUCCAGCAUGCAACUACAGCAACUAGCAAAGCGAUUUCAUCUGACGCAAUAUCUCAGCUUACCAGAACGAGCGGAGCUUGCUGCUUCGCUGGGACUAACGCAGACGCAGGUAAAAAUUUGGUUCCAGAAUCGGAGGUCGAAGUUCAAAAAGUUGAUAAAUCAAGGGCACGAUGUGGUCACAUUGGCGAACGCCAUGGCAUGCAAGCCUCAAACCGAUGCGCUUGGAAAGCACAUUGAGGAGCUUUUUGAACAACGACUCAGCAACCCAAUCCGAGAUGUUGCUCAAAACGGGAAGAAUGAGUCUCCAUCCGGAAUUGAAAAUAGCAGUAGAGAUAGCUCAAUGUCAUCAAGGAACACUGUCUCAAGUCUCAGCGCAACUUAUCCCAAUAUCAACUGUCUUGAUGUUAGCAUUGAGAAAGAACAAGUCGCCGGGCCCAUAGACGCAAGCCUGUUUGAGGCAGGUGUCUUGUCGUACACUCCCAAAGCUGCUUCCUGUGGCGUUUGGCCGUACGAGCGUAUCAGUGGAUUCAUCAGCCAGGAGACAUGCACACCGGAAAUUUACGCUUCUACUCAAAACAGUAGCGAUUCAUCCCAACUUUCCACCUCUUUUAUAUCAAACACUAACCAAAUAGCAACGGCACUUCAGAACCCUGUCAAUUACACCAAACCUCCGGCCAGCCCGGGAGCAGGCGCUUUUCUGGAUCCGAUGAAUUACGCCACUAGCAGAGAAUCAUGGAUUAUGCCAUGUGCGAGUAUUGAAGGAGAAAUUAGCGGAUUGAAACCAGACACGCAACAUACACUCCGUUUUCCCUUUCCCUUGAAACUGGAUUACAAUUGCGACAACAUUCAACGGCCCGGCGCCUGUCACAAGAACGAAUUCACUUCACAAAGCUCCACACUUAUUGCUCCCGAAUAUGACAGUCCAAACAAUCGGCACUCUGCGAUCCAAAUAUAUCAAACUAAAACCAAAGGAUGUCAUAACGAAGUCCGUGGAAGCAGUGAGUCAUUCUUCCCAUUUGACCCAGUCGAUUUUGUCUCCUGCGACUCGUCGGUCAGAUUUCAACAACCUUCUCACACGACCCGCUUGCCCACCAUUCGGUGCUAUGGUAAAAGCUGCUGUACAGACCCCGAAGAAGAAAUACAGUCAUGUUUAACAGCUCAGACCUGCGAACUUGCUGAUUCGUGGUCUGUAAAUGUUACCCUACCGUCAGUCAACUGCGGUUCGAUAGUCUGGCCUACUGCAGAUCCAAUUUACAUGAUGCACCAAGGUGGUGUAUCUGGCAGCAUCGAGAAUCUUGAGGAGAGGGAACCAUUCUCAGAAACAUCUACGUAAACACUUUCCGCACGCAAACAAACUGUGAUACUUCAUGGAAAUGUGAUUUCUAUGCAUACUUAUUCAACACUACGGUCGUUUGUGCCUAUUUAGUAAAGGAAAAACUCUCUUCUAAAAUAAUUGGCUUUAUUUCGCAACAC